AAUCCUGUAACGAUAAACAGAGGAAAUGUUUAGUUAUCGCUUAGUAAUCAUUGCCGAAAUCUCACCGGGAACAAGGUCAAUGUGGGAGGAGAUACUACUACUCCAUGUAGCUUUCAUACUUUUCAGUCGGUACUUGGAUACCACUUUUACUCUCGGUACGUAUUCAACGGUAGGCAGUCAUAUUCUUCUCAGUCCUUUGUUUUUCAUAAAUUAAUACGUCUUUCCGCACGUUUAUUUCUGGAAGCCACGAUAAUGACAGCGCUCUAUGCGACCUCUGAUCAACAGCAGCGCUGAACUCCUUUUCCAAAUCUUACUCGCGAAGGACAACUUCUCAUCGGAGUUUCAAUACACGAUGCUCUCUGGCUAGGGCGCGAUCAUCUUCUCCACCUUUGCUCGGAACAUUCUCUGCCAAUUCGUCGGCUCGAUUUGCUCAGAUGGUGGAAUAACACUUGGGCGCAGGGCAGCCGGAAGGUAUCAUACCUACUGCGAGAUUCAACGUUCAAUUUGCGUAGGAGAUGCACUAAGAUUCUUCGUGGAAAGUGAUCGGCCGUUUAAAGAAAUCUGGUAGGCACGCCCUGGUUUUACUAUUUGUCAUAAUGCGUAUUCCUGCCGUGGGACAUUACCUUUGAUUACCUGUAACAUAAAUUGACAUUUAAGUGCAGGCAUUUCUACGAAGUACGACCACUUCUUUCCAUUCCGGAACUACAAACGAGAUCAAGCAAAAUCCUGACGUGGUCGGGAGAUCUGGCGCAAAAUUAUGGCGUUAAGUAAGGGGGAACUGAUGGAUUCCAGAGUUUGUGAAAGGUCGAAGACUGCUCAGAGGUUGAAUUGCGACGCAGCCGGAGAAGCCUUCGUGGAGCAUACACUUCGAAUCGUCAGACGGGCACUUGACCGAAAUGUAGGAUUCUGUGUCUGGCCCUCCCGAAGAAGACAAACUGGUUGUUUGGUUCCCAUCAUAAGUUGCUGAACACACCAGCACUCCCCAUUGGGUAUCAUCGAAUUCAAAGCCUAUAGAAUGAAAAUGCGCGUCGGAUUCGCUAGGAGAGCAGCGAGAUCAAUGUCACUCAGCAACAUCGGACGAAAAUGUCUCAUGUUGCAACUCAUAACUAGGUUGAGAUCUCGGAAUUUUAAAGCAUCUUUGCUCUCAAAUAUCUAAAUAGAUGCUAUCACUGAGCUUUCUGACUAUGUUUAGAAGAAGCGGAGGCCAUGACAUCACAACGUUCGCAUAGUAUGGUGGAGUUUCGCUACUUCCUAUCCAUAAGUAAUGGAGGAGGGUUGUUACGCCAUCUUAGGGUUUCAAAGUUUCCCAGGCCAACUUGGAAUUCAAUCAAUUAUCCAACGUACCACUCAACCUGGUCCCAUGCCCUAUAUCAAGCGAUAGAGAGUUCUAGCCUAAAGAGAAUUUAGCAGUGAGUUGAGAAUUACCCUUUCUUCUCUAUUGGCUCUUUUCCGAGAAAGCUUUUUCAUAUCAUCUGCAAAAUUACGGAGUAUUACCAAACCAACAUUUAUUAUGUUUGCUACCUUUUAAAUUUAUCCCGUCUCAAUAGAGCAUUGACACGUACCAUGAUCGCCACACACUCAUGCAGAAUUGCACUCAUGCAGAAUUGCGGGUCACAACGAGAACUCGAGUUUGCAGUUUCUAAGAGUGGACCCUAGCCAGAGUGGGAGUCAAAUACCGAUACCCCAAAAGUAAUCUUUUCCCCAGGUUUAGAGAAUGGAUCAAUCGUUACCGGACCAUUACGAAACCCUCGGGAUUUCUUACAAUGCUGUUGCACAGGAUAUCAAGAAGGCCUUCUUCGCAUUGGCCAAAACCCACCAUCCCGAUAAAAAUAAUGGAGGACCAACAAAGGAAUUUGUGAAGGUCGGUUUUGUUUUGUCUGGUCAAGCAGGAGUUUUGAGGAGAAGUGGUUCGCGGGAAUCUCGAAGAGCUAAUCUGUUAAAAGGUCAGAACGGCCUACGAAGUCUUAUCCGACAGAGAUCAACGAAAUAUUUACGAUCGCCAGUUUCAAAAUGUGAGGCCUAGUGUGGAAUAUCAAACAUGGAAAGCACCGGACAACUAUACGUACGAGAGAAAACGAGAACGACGGUAUUCCUAUAGGAUAGGAUCGAGUGCAAGCGAAGCUCCAAAAUGCUCUGACGCACAAGAGGCGGAAGAGAGGAGGAAAACAGAGGAGGAGAAUAUCAGAAAAGCUCGCGAAUCAUUAGAUGCUCUUAUGAAAGAGUUGGAGGCAAUUUCGGAGCGUUUAGAAAGACGACAAUAUUGAGCUGGAAAAUAAAAAAGGGACGCCUACUGGAUGGGAAGGUGGGAGACAGAAGAUUCGGAGUAGACUGCUAUGAAUGAAGAUCAACAUUUCUAAAUUCCGUGGAUGGGAUACGUGGACUACAGAAGAGGCGCCAGACUCAAAGUAUUUGUCCAUUGUCCAGGUACGAAGCGUUGCCCUAUUUGGAACAAGCCUCAGAACGACUUGGGACAUUUAAUUCGGCUUCCAUUGCGUGGCUCGCACCGCACCUCUCUGAGCAUAUGACGUUAGAUCUCGAGUGUCGAAAGUGAGACAUGGUAUUUCUAGCGAAGCCCAUGGAAUAGAUUAACGACAUUGUGUUGGAUAGGAUAGCUGGUCAUGGAUUAGCAGUGAGAAUGAAUGUACAAUAAUAUU